UCAGUCUGACUCAGCGCGCGUCACGCCCGAACGCGGAUCCGGUUCGGGCUCCGCUCGUCUCCUCACCUGGACUUUGUUUUUGUUUGUUUGUUUGUUUCCCGCGGACAUGUUUCACCUGAAGUCCGGCUCGGGACCGUGAAACCGAACUUUGGAGGCGGACGGGUUUUGGACGAGUCAAAUGGAGAGAGGGUGAAAGUGGACCGAGCCAUCCGGAUCAUCCGACUUUAACCAGGACAUAGGCCUAGUGUGAAAGGGGGAUGUCAAAUCGUGACUCGCUUGGAUUUGGGGACCUGCUUCCUCAGGAUGUGGUUGAGAUUUUUGCCCAGGAGAAGCACGGCAAAAGGGGCCGGAAGAAGCGCAGUCACUCACUGGGCCGAGCGUUUGGCUGGCUUAAGGGCAAGAAGAAGAAGCACGAUGGUUCUAAUGGACAGAGGCUCGGUCUCGGUCCGGCACUUGACUUGGCCUUGGAUGUGCACCCUACUGGGAAACAGGGAGCCCACAAGUCAGGAAAGCACGGGCAUCACCAGAGCAACAGUCAUGGACCAAAUCGAGAUGAUGAGAAGGCUCCAACCAUCUCAUCCAUCCAGGAGAACGUCUUCAUUGAGACCAACAGGCCAAAGUACCUGGAGGACCUUCACACUGAAGCUCUGGAAGGAUUAAAAAUGAUGCAGCAGGAAGAAUCGACUCAUGGGAUGGAGUUCACCGACGAUAUGAGCACAGUUUCGACAGCGACCGUCCAGGCAGACAGCGACGCAGCAGGGUUUAUGUCAGACAGCACCAUCGCCGACACAUCAUCUGUGGUCUCUGUCCAGUCAUCUGUUUCGACAAAAUCCUCCCGGUCUGGACUCACCAGGCAAGCAUCAACUUUCAGACCUUUGAAUUUGGGAAAGACUCCAGAAAAGACAAAGACAAAGAGAAAACACAGGAAAACUGUUGCAGGAAUCCCUCAGCAUAUCCAGAGAGAAAUGGGUCUGGACAGAGUGGGCUGGACAGUGACUUCAGUGGAGACUGAGGAGCAGCUCUUGAAUGGGGGAAAUGAAAACAUCACCGACAGACCACAAGGAGCAACAGAACCUCCAACAGGAUCCAGUUCCAGCUCUCAGAGCGUAUACAUCAUCCAGCCUAUCAGCAGAGAUCAAAUGGAUCAGCUGAGUGUGGCGCAGGCUGGUCACAGGGACGACCUGGCCCUGCUGCAGCACGUGGGCCCCGACGUGGUGGACGGAGAGAGGCCUCGGUCUGUGGCUGUUCCAGGGUUGACCACUGCCAGUAACCCUCAACAAGAGCUGCCCAGUCCGGUUAUGUCCAUUUCCCCUCAGGCUGCGUACCUGUCCAAAAUUAUCCCCAAUGCUGUUAUGCCACCCUCCAUAGAUGUAGUGGAAAUUAGCCGCGGGCGGAGCCGCAACAGUGUUCGCACUGUAAGCAAAAGCAGCUUGCUGAUAGCUAGCCCAGUAUCUUCCCGUGCCUCCUCCAGAGCUUCUUCCACCAAGGCUUCAACCCUCAACUCCGCCUCUGUCCAGAAUACCCCAAAUGUGUCCGAUAGUUCUGGCUGGAGCAACUCUGACUCCUCAGAAACCUUGGUAUCAAACUCCUCAACCAUCUCCAGCAGCAGUACCCCCAAACUGAAAUCAAAGAACGGAAAUGCAGAUGCAUCUGCUAAAGAGGAUGGAGUCAGUGUCCGUUCCUGUCACAGCAAAGUCUCUGCCAAUGGUCAACUCAUCGUUAAUGAAGAUGAGACCAAGAAACAAGGGGCCUUUGCACGCAGUCUGUCCGUCAUGAAACCAAAGAAAGCUCCUCCUCCUCCAAACCGCUCAUUUUCCCUUCACAAUAAGAUGAAGCGGCGGUCACGUGACCUGGCAGAGGUCAGGGUCAUUUCAGACGGAGGUCAUCACCACAGCAUCUCAGCCUCAGGUGUAGAAAGUGAGCACUGCAAACCGGGGUCCUCUCCUAGCAGCCCUGGCUACCAUGCUGAUACUAGCUCUCUAGAAGACUCUGUAGAUUCUCCAUCGGUCAGUCCUGUCAAAUCCCAGCUGCAGCCUCCACAGGUGGAGGACUCAGUUACCAAAGAUGGUUCACCUGAAAAGCAAAAAUAUCUUCAGGAGAAUAAGCUAAACAAAGUAAUUUCCCCUUCAAGUGGCUACUCAAGCCAAGAUGGUACACCUGCACAGCAUUCCAAACACAGCUCUUCUCCGAGGUUCAAGAAGGGCAUCUUGGCAAAACUUCAGAAAUUGUUUCCCGGGUCCUCUCCAACAGGUUCACCUCCAUCCCCACUGGUAUCACCAGGGACCUCUACAAAUAUAAAAGUCACUGAGCAUCUCAUGUCUCAGUCUAACUCUUCAGUUGACACAGUGAGUGUGAGCCCCUCAGUAAGGGCCUUGAGAGAACUUCUCAACAUCCCACCACCACCCAAAAUCCAUGCACCACCACCACCUCCACCAGAGGUGUGGGCUCACAACAAGCGUACCUUUGAGUUGCUGCUGGGACCUCCGGCUCCAGAUAUCACUUACACGGUCAUCAAGAAGAAUCCAAAGGACAGGAGACAGCAGAGGCACAUUCCUGUAGCAUCAACGGAGGGUUCUCUGAAGACCUUGAUAGAAGAGAGAAAUCACAAAGUUUUCACAGCAGAGUCCACUAAUGGAUCCCUACAUGUUCUUGGUGUAAAGAAAGUUCAAGCAAGUGAGAUUUUGAAUGUACAGAGUGGUAAAGAAAACCAUGAAAGACUGGCUCACAUGGAGCAGAGCGUAGAUCUGAAAGGAAACAGCAAAGUGACAGAAAUGACCGGCAAGAUGAAAGUGAGUGAAAUGUUAAGUGGAAUUUUGAUGAAAGCUGCAGAGAAGCGACAUGAAAAACCUGGGGCAGUGAAAACAGAAGCCAAGACACACGUGGAUCCAGUAUCUGCCAUUUCAUUAGUGAACAUUUCUCCAUCUGUUACUCCUUCUCCAUCACACCAUCCUCCCCAUCCACCCACCAAACAGACCACAUAUGUAGGCGUGACACAAGGGGCAAACCAAGUUCCCACAUCCCCUGAUGCUUCCUGGCCCCUCCCACCCCCACCAAUGGCACAAACAUCUUGGACCAUUGUCAGUGGGAAAGAUGAGACGGACUUACCCCUUCCACCUCCCCCAAUAUUUAGUGUGGAGACGUUUGUGUUACAAUCAGAGACGUCCACCUGCGGUCCAGUGGGUUUGCAGGACUCUUCUACGGCCAUGUCGGUGACGCCAGUGGUAGAGACCAGUCAAGACAAAUGUGCUGUUUCUUCUUCGUCAGAGAAGGUGGACGAUGCUGUGCAAAUAACCCCGACUACACCCCUGAACAUCCCCCCACCUCCACCUUAUGCUGCACCCCCUCCACCCAGCGCAGCGCCCCAUCCACCUUCUCAGUCAGCUCCCCUUCCUUUGAUCGUACGUCCGUGCAUUAACAGUGUCCCUCCUCCUCCUCCUCCUCCUCAUCUUCCUCCUGAAAAAGUCUGUUUUUCAGCAUUCAAGGAGGUCUCUCCUUCACCACCAAAAGAUCUCUCUCCCCUGCCACCAACAGAGACCUUCCCUCCGCCACCUAAAGAGUUCUCGCCGUCUUCUCCUAAGGAGGUCUCUCUUCCACUGCUGACAGAGAUAUUUCCUCUGCCACCUAAAGAGUUUAGUCUUUUGCCACUAAAACAUCUCUCUCCUCUGCCACCUCAGGAGGCAUCCCCAAUGCCCAUUAAAGAGGUAUUUCCACCAGUGCAAGAUGUUUCCUCACAUCUGAUGAAAGAGAGCGGCCCUUUUCCACUUGUAGAGGUCACCACUCUGCCUCCAGUUCAAGAGGUUACUCCUCCCUCCUGUCCACCUUCUGAAAAGGCAGUACCCGUAGUGGUUGGAAUACUCUCUCCACCACACGAACCUGCACCACCACUACAAUCAGAAACUCGUUGUUCAGACCAGAAUGGUGAAGACAUCCCAGUCAAAUCUGAAACUGUCCCUUUUCCAUCCAACAGUGUAAUUUAUCCACACAAGAGUGUUCCACCACCACUUCCCUUAGAACGUCUCCCCCAGUCUUUGGCCUUGAAUACUGAUAGUCCAGCAACCCAGGAUGCAUCUCCAUUACCUUCUGAUGAUGAUCUAGAUUUUGCUUCUUCUUUACCUGUAUACAUUCCCCCUCCUCGUACUGAGGCUACUCAAGUUUCUGCAUUUCUCAACAAACAAACAAGUCCUCCUUGCACAGAAAACCAAAGCCAAGAGUCAGAUUCAGUUUCCGUCCGUCAAGAGCAGCCCAGGAUUACCCCUUCUCUUCUACAAAUGGUGAAGUUGAGAUCUAGUGGCAGUCCUGAUCCAAUUCAAGCACGGGACCACCCCCAGCCAGAAGUCAUGAUGAGGUCCCAACAGCCCAGUCAUGAGAUUCCAUCCCAAUCUUCAAGUGGUGAGGCUCCUCAGAAACCCAUCAGAAGGUCUCUGAUCAUGACCUCAUCCACCGUAGUUACAUCACAGUCAACUGCUCCAACGACAGAUUCUACUGUGGUCCCCCCUGAAUCUUCACCCACAGUAGUCUCACCAACAAAGUUGUCACCACCUCCCGUGACUGUCAUUCAGUCCAUGAAGCUACAGGAGGCCAUCCGCCUGAGGACUGCAGCCAGAUCAAAAGACGGCCCUCCAACUCGCAUCAGCCUGCAUUCCCCUACGUCUCCGCUACAUGCAGACGUCCUCAAGUCGCCCACUAGCACAGCUAGCUUCAUCUUCUCCAAGAGCAGCAGGAAGGUUGUCAUUGAGACCAAACCUUACGGAGAAGCUGCGGCUAACUUACAGAAUCCGCCUGCUGUUGUUUCAUCUGUAACAAAGAAACAAAUUGAAGCAGAAUCGCUAAAGAAAGGAGUCAAAGUGCCGCCGCCUGUUGCAAAGAAACCCGCAACGAAGGUCGAGUCGAGUGCAGGCGGAGAGCGGACUGCAGGUCAGGAAGCACCCGAGAGCAGCGAUUGUACCGCGGAGCCACACGGGACAGAGAGUCAUGUCAAAGGAGAGCAGACACUAUCACCAUGAUUCUAAAGACUGAAACUGAUUUGGAACAGUUCCCCUGGGAUAUUCCUGAUAGGAACGCUGAUGUUCCUGAUUGGAACGCUGACAUUGCUGCAGAAGGCCUUAAAGAGCGACAAACUCCAUGUUUAAAACUGUUUAUGAAACUCUUGCUGGUGUAACGUUCCUGGUGUGGGUCUUUAUGUAUAACUCCUGGCAAAAAUUAUGGAAUCACCAGCCUCGGAGGAUGUUCAUUCAGUUGUUUAAUUUUGUAGAAAAAAAGCAGAUCACAGACAUGACACAAAACUAAAGUCAUUUCAAAUGGCAACUU